AUGACUCUGGGUGUCGAACUGCGAUGUAUAGCGGAGGUUUAUCCUCCAGCAGGGUCUCCCGAGCUGGAAGACGUUCGACGUUUCCGGUUCCCCGGAUGCCCAGCUAAGAGUAGGCUAUGCCGGAAGCACCACCGUCUGGCUGAUUCAGUCGCUAGGUGGCUCCCUGAUUCCUGUGGUGAAAGCUUGGCAGGGCCCUGGCAAGGCACUGUUAAUGUUUAG